AUGGGCAAAAAUCUAAGUUCGACUCAGACCUAUUCACAUGUCGUCCGUAAACAACAACUAAUCUUCGAAAUCACUCACUAUACAAUAUUUGUAACGGAGUAUUGUGAUGGCGGUGAUUUAUUACGGAAAAUAAAGAAAUGUAAGAGGGUUCCGGAGCCAGAGGCCAAGCAAAUUUUUCGACAACUUGUCGAAGCACUCAUGUACCUACAAAACUGCGACAUCGUUCACCGCGAUUUAAAAUGUGAAAAUGUGCUUCUCGAUCGGAAUGAGAACGUG